UCGCGCGCGAGCGGUGCUGGUGUCGGGGGAGCAGGGCCGCGUUAGGUGAAGAUGCCUCUAUUAAACAAGCAACCAUUUGCUAAGAGCAAACUUCCACCAGAUUUGGAACCUGAUGAAGAAGUUUUCUUCUGUGAGCCUACCAAAGAAAUCUUCAGGGACUAUGACAAGUUUUUUGAGAGGAUGAUCCUGUGUAAUUCACUACUGUGGUCCUGUGAGAUGACUGGCAAGUCAGGUCUCACCUACCAGGAGGCAGCCGAGUCUGAGCGUGCUGCCAAACGCUCCCUCAACAGUGUACAAAAGGAGCUGAAGCGUGCUUUGCUUCUGCUCUGCUCAAUGACAAGAAAAACAAGUUUCAAUGAAUUGUGUGUAGACAUAUAUACGUACAUUAAAGACCGCUACUUCAAAGGGGAAAUGGUUCAAGUCAAGAGGGGAAGUCAGUGGAUUGACUGCACAAUUCAGAGCAUGUGUGUCUCUGGUGAUCCAGAGGCGACUCCAGCAGUGAAUGGCCACUCAGACCAGGGCGCCGGUGACAGCCAGCGUCCAUCGAGCCGUCUCCGCUCAGAGGGCGUGCCGGCCGACCGCGUGCUGUACCAGGUGCACCACGCGCCCACCGGCCGCCAGCUGAUGGUGCAUGCCGACGCGCUGCGUCGCGACAAGGCCACCUUCUCCAAGGAGCGGCUGCGUGUGCUGCUCAAGCACUCGUCGCGCGUAGACGACGGAGGCUUCCUGGUGGUGCGCGCGCCGGCCGCGCGGGGGCUCGGCCUGGACAGCCUGCAGUUCGCCGACGUGUUCGUGGGCGCGCAGCCCGUGUUCGUGCCCAACCGCGCGUUGGCGGCGCGCGCCAAGCCGACCGAGAAGCCUAAGCCAGCGCCGCAGCCGGCCAAGCCCAAGACCGAGAUGGUGUUCGACGAGAACGACGAUGAGCCGCUGUCGGCCGUGCAGCUGGAGAUCCGCCAGCGCUGGGAGGCCGAGCGGCGCCGGCUGGUGGAGCAGCGCGUGAUGGAGCGCGACCAGCGCCGGCACCGCAAGAAGCUGGUGGCCGAGUGGCUCAAGGACUGGACCAAGCCCCGCGAGGACCUCCUCUGCGAGGAUCACCGGGAGCUGCCGGUGAUGCUGCCGGUGCACACGCGCGUGCCAGGCCAGCUGUUCGGCGGCUGCCUGCAGCUGCUGGAGUUCGUCAACAGCUUCGGCCAGCUGCUGGAGUUGACGGACACGUUCCCGCUGGGCCUGAGCCUGCCGCUGCUGGAGCGGGCGCUGGUCGACACGGAGGUGGCCGGCACGCUCAGCGACCUGCUGCAGGUGCUGCUGCGGGCGGUGUUCGAGCUGCAGCGCGAGGAGGACGAGGAGUCUGGUGGGCGGAGCUCGACGGCCGCCGCCUCGGCCGCCGACCAGCUGGACCCGCUGACGCUCACGGAGGUGUUGCGCAGACACCUGAUGGCCACGGACACCAGCGAGGACUCGCGUUGGCGGUACCAGCAGCGCGGCGGGUACACAGAGACCGACAACCCGACCGUGCAGUUCCGGCUUGACCACCCGGACAUCAUGGAGAAGCUCUCCACGGAGACCGUCUAUGACCUGACGCCCGGCGAGAGGCUGGCCGUGCUCGAGUGUCUGAUGGGCGAGAUCCUGACCACGGUCACCGCCCGCGACGUCAUAGAGGAGGCCGAGGGCAAGCUGAAGGAGGUGCGCGCCCAGCUGCGCACCCUCCGCUUCAACAUCCUUGCCUACCAGAAGGGCGUCGCUGCCGAGAGGGUGACAGAGCGCCGGGAGGACCGCCAGCGCCAGCAGCUGGAGCAGCUGAAGGCGUCGGCCGAGGCCGGCGAUACGUCGGCCGACGUCGAGCCGCCGCCGGAGCCGGAGGAGCCGCCCGAGUCGGCGCCGGAGCCGGAGGCCGAGCGGCGCCGCCGCCGGCGCGAGGAGGAGCGCCAGCUGGCCGAGUUCGCGCGCCGCGAGUCGCGCCUGCUUGAGCAGCUGGCCGAUCUGAGUCAGCAGUUCGCGCUGACGCCGCUGGGCCGCGACCGCGCCUACCGCCGCUACUGGCUGGGCCGCGCCCUGCCCGGCCUCUUCAUCGAGCACGACGACGACACGGUGGGCGCCUGCUUGCCGACAGCCACGCCCCACAACCGGCAGCUGAGCGGGGCCGCCGCUGGCGAGCGGGCGGACGUGCUGCGCGGCCUGCUGUCGGAGCGGCUGCUGCAGCGCGCCGGCGCGCCUGCCGCCACCGCCGCCGCCGCCGCCGCCGCGCCCGACCACGGCAGCCCCAGCGACAAGGAGAACACGCCGGCACCCGCGCCCGCGCCCAAGACUUAUGCCAAGCGGCUGGCGGCGCUGACCGAGCAGAAUCAGCCGGACGGUAGCCGGGCGCCGGCGCCGGCCGAGCCCGACGUCAAGGCGCGCCUCGACGAGCUGGUGGCCGGCGAGGCGCCGCCCGACCGUCGCCUGCUCGUCUGCACGGCCGCUGGCGACGAGUGUCCGGUGCAUUCGACCAUCCUGCCGCGCGCCACCUGGUCCUUCUGCCCCGACCUGGAGCACCUGGACGUGUUGGUGGCGACGUUGAACGAGCGCGGCGUCCGCGAGGCCGAGCUGAAGGCGGCCAUCGCCCAGGCGGGUGACAGUCUACGCCGCGGUGUGGAGCGCUGUCCUCGCAAUGACCUGACACAGGGCACUGACCGUCGGCCGCGGCGUGACCCGGCAUCUACCGGUUCUGAUCCCAACUAUAACUUCCCGGCCGGCACACCGGCUGCCGAGAUCCAGGAGCUGCUCCUGCGGGACAUGAUCCUGGAGUGUGAGGAGAAGAUUCGGUUCGGCUGCCUCGGCACCAUUCAGGUGUUCGACCUCAGCGUGUGGCGACAGGCGCUGGUGGAACGCUCCUAUGACCAGCAGUGUGACAAGCUGACCUGGGGUGCCGACGGCGCCUGCUCGGCCGACAACAGCGUGGACGUCUCAGGCACCAGCACGCCGGUGGCGGCCUCUGCCGCCGAGCGGCCGCCGUCGGCGCCCGAGCUCUCCCGCCGGCUGCAGCGGCGCCAUCUGGUGCGCUCGCUGGCCUCGGCCAUCCUCCAGCUGGAGCAAGGCAUCGACCGCAGAUACCUGCAGAAGCCGCUCGGCGACCCCGGCUCGGCGCUGCAGCAGUGGGAGGCGUCGCUCAUGGCCAGCUGCUCGCUCUCCCAGCUGUUCGUGCACUUUGCGCAGCUGGAGUCGGCCGUGCUGUGGUCACGCUCGGCGCUCAACGCCCGCUGCAAGAUCUGCCGCAAGAAGUCCGACCCCGACAAGAUGCUGCUCUGUGACGGGUGUGACAAGGGCUUUCACAUGUUCUGCCUCACCCCCAAGAUGAAGAGCAUCCCGAAGGGUGAUUGGUUUUGCUCGACUUGCCGGCCGAAGGAGAAGCCCAAGAGCCCGCGCAAGCAGCGGCGCGCCUUUCACAUGGUGGACGAGUCGGUGGACGAGGACGAGGCGUCGGCGGACGAGGACCAGCCGGCCGAGGCGCCGUCGCCGUCGCCGCCCGCCAAGCGCCCUUCGAGGGGAGGCGAGGUGAGUCCGCCGGAGAGGCCGCGCGAGGCGUCGCCGCAGGCGGCCGGCUCGGUCGGCAAGAGGAGGCGAGGCGGCGCGGCUCCGGACGACCGGCUGGACACCGCCCUGCUGGCCGGUCUGCUGGACGAAAUGAGGCGACAUCCGGGCAGCGACCUCUUCCUUCGCCCCGUCAAGACCAGGGAGGCGCCCGACUAUUACCAGAUCGUGCGCGAGCCGAUGGACAUCAGCACGAUGCAGCGGAAGCUGAGCACCGGCGACUACACCAGCACGGCCGAGUUCGUGGCCGACGCCGGCCUCAUCUUCUCCAACUGCGCCAUGUACAACGACUCCAAGGCGCAGAUCUCAAGGGACUGCGAGAAGCUGCGCCGCUUCUUCGAGAAGCGCAGUCGCGAGCUCGGCAUCGGACCGGUCGCCAAGCGCGCGCGCCGCUCGUACUGACUCAGAGUCAGCCCGACUCCGACCGCGAGUCGGGCCCGGAGCAGAC